AUGGCCCGGAAAAGACCGCAGGAACCAGAUGUGGGCGACUCCCCGAGCGGCCGACUGAGCCAGAAGCGCUCCCGCCAACAGCUGCAGGACGGAGCCGACGAUGAGCCCGUCAACGGGACUCCCUCGAAGCGGAGGCGCCAGGCAGCGGACCCUUAUGAAGUGCCCUCUGAUAGCGAUGCCAACGAGGAAGAGAAUGAGGAGGAGGCGGCAGAAACCGAACCCGAAGAAUAUACCCCGAAAAAGCGAAGAGGUCGUCCGCCGAAACCCGCGACCCCAAAAGCCAGCGGUGCGGUCACCCCCUCGAAGCUACGACAGGUGAACACGCUGGUGACACCGGUGAAGGCCGCCAUCACCCCGCGAAGGAGACAGGCCGCCGACCGUUCCGCGCGGAGGAAGAGCGCCAGGGCUCUCAUCCAGAGCAUUGUCGCCGACGAGAACAGCGACGAGGACGACGACGACAGUCUAGCCCGCGAAAUCUACGAGUCGAGCGAGGAAGACGACGAUGAAGUUGAGGAGCAAGGCACGCCACGGGCGACAACGGCAACAACGAAAUCAACAGCAGCAUCGGCAUCAACAGCACGAGAAGCAGCACAGCCCUCCGAGCCAGAAACACCAUCAGCAACCCCCCGCCGCCGCGGCCGCCCACGCAAACAGCCGCCACCCAAAUCGCCGACCCCGCCCCGCGACCUGCCCCCCCACGAGAUCUACUUUGAGCACAACAAGCCCGGCCGCGCAAAGACGUCCCACAACACUCUCGUCUCCCUAGAACUCCUCACCCACGAAGAGUACUUUGACCUGCUCCGCGCCCGCCGGGAGGGAGAGAAAGACCCCCACGAAGAGGACCUCGCCUACCUGCAGUCCCUCCACGAGACCUCCUUUGAGCAGUGGCGGUUCGAGCUCGCCCAAAGUUUCAGCCUAUGCCUCUACGGCCACGGGUCGAAGCGCGGACUCACGGCCAAGCUGGCGGAGCACCUCUACGCCGCGGACCCCAAUGCCCCGAUCGUGGUGGUGAACGGCUACGUACGCUCCCUCACGGCCCGCGACGUCUUCACCACCGUCGCCGCGGCCCUCGGCGGUAAUCCCCCCGUCAAACUCCCCGCCCAGACGACAGCCAUGGUCCAAGCCCUCUCCUCCGCCCUCACAUCAUCGUCGUCGCACCACCCCAUAACAAUAAUCCUAAACUCCAUCGACGCAGCCCCCCUCCGCAAACCAGCAACCCAACAACUCCUCUCCCAGCUGGCCUCCCACCCACGCAUCCGCCUCGUCGCAACGGCAGACACACCCUCCUUCCCCCUCCUCUGGGACGCCGCCCAGCGCACGGCCUUCAACUUCCUCUUCCACGACGCCACCACCCUCCAACCCUUGGAGGUCGAGCUCGACCCCGUAGACGAGGUCCACGAGCUCCUCGGCCGGAAAGCGCGCCGCGUCAACGGCAAAGACGGCGUCGUCUUUGUCCUGCGCUCACUGCCGGAGAACGCAAAGAAGCUGUUUGAGCUGCUCGUCAUCGAGGUCCUGGCCGCCAUGGACGACGAUGGCGGUGGACAGCACGGGGCUGAGAAUCCGGGCGUGGAGUACCGCAUGGUGUACAACAAGGCUGUGGAGGAUUUCAUCUGCAGUUCCGAGAUGGCGUUCCGGACGCUGCUGAAGGAGUUCCACGACCAUCAAAUCAUUACGAGCAGGAAAGAUACCCUCGGCACAGAGCUGUUGAGUAUCCCCUUUAGGCGGGAGGAGCUCGAGGCCAUUCUCGAGGACUUGAUGUCAUGA